GUACACCGUAGCAGCAGCAGCGGGACUCAAGCGAAUCAAGAGUGUAAUAAUAGAAAAAUCCAGGCCAAGGCGAGGAGCGCAUGCUGGUGUGAUCUCCGUGCUUCCAGCUGCCGGACGUCAGAGAUUGCAGCGCUCCCCAAAUUUUGCCUUGGAUAGUUCCUCGGUUGACAUUUGCAUCACAACUUGCUUUCCUCCCUCCCCCUCCGUCAAUGCUCGACGAGUGAGCAAGUGAGGUUCAUGGUGCCCUCGCAGCUCGGAAUCAUAAAAACUUCAGGACUGCAGUUUUUUUUUUUUUUUUUUUUUUUUUUUUGGUGAUCGAGCUCUUUAUAAGUUAGCGGUUUGCAGUCGAGGGGUUCCUUGGGUGGUGUUCUCGCCGGGAAUUGAUGCCCUCUUGGUGCGCUGUGCUGAAUAGUCGUUGCUUGGGGUCCUUGGAGGUCGCUUCUUGGUGUUAAAUUUAGCUUCUUCUCCUUGUGAGACGAGAGAGAGAGAGAGAGAGAGAGAGAGAGAAUUGCGUUUCUUGGAUUGCGACGAUGGUGGAUCGACGUUGUUGAGGAGGUUUUACGAGGGUGGUGAGAAGAGUUUAAUUUCGUGAUUUGAAAUUGUGAGAGGUGUGAGCGGGUGUGGGGAGGCGGAAGAGGUGAGUGCAUUGUGAUAGAGGGUGUGUGGCGCAAGAGCUGGCAGAGGGUAUUCAGAGAGGUUGUUGAGGUGCGGCCUGAAUGGCAGUGAGCAUGGGGCUAACUGUGGAUUUCAGUGACUCGGUUGGAUACGUUAACUACGCCGACCACGAUCUCACAGACAUCGAGAAUGACGAGGAUUAUGCUUACACUCCCACGGCGUUUCAGCCGGUGCUGCCGCGAUCCUGUAAGCGGACGUACGGCGUGUUUCUUGGCAGUGAAGUAGUGUUGGAGCGUAAGCUGCGGAGUAGGAUGCACGGACAGCUUGAGCAAUUGCGGGCUGUGAUACCAAAUUCAUUCACCGAGGAGAAGGCCUCGAUCCUGGCAGAUGCUUAUAAGUACAUCGAGAAAUUGCAAAGGCAAGUGGAGGAGCUGUAUUACGAGCUUGGUACAGAAUCUUGUUUUGAAGAGGGUUCGUCCUGUUGCGAGGACGAUUUCAGCUUGUCGCACAGAGAGAGAACGUUGGAGACCAAUGCUGACUCAGAAUCAAGCUCAGGGAGCGAAUUUGGAUACUCACAGCCAACGGUGAAAGUUAGGAGAACGAAAGAAGGAUUGAAUAUCCAUAUUGAAUGUGACAAGAGACCCGGUCUAUUGGUUGAUAUCAUGGAGCUUUUGGAGUCGAGAGGGUUGAACAUGGAACAAGCCAGUAUAGUAUGUGUGGAACAGCUUGUGUUCGAUGGCAUCGGGUCAGAGGAUGAGGGGAGUGAUGCUGGAGUGAACAGACAAGCGAUGCAUGUAAGUGCCGAGGAGUUGGGAGCAAGUUUGCGAUCUCUAAUUAGUGGCCCAACACAAAGUAGCACACAAUAGGAUGCACGAGGAAAACUCACAGGGACUGCUGAAUUUAUUUUUCAAAAUUUUCUGGUUUUUGCUGCCAUCCUGUCCGGGAGUCAUCUCAUUUGAGCAGAUCGUACUUCUCUGGACCUGUACAUUUAGAACAUAUUUGUUUACACACGAGAGCGUAUUCAAUCAGCAACACAGGUUUUUAUUUUUUAUUUUACUUUCAUCUACAGUUACAUGAACACACUAGCUUUUCUUAAUUCUUUAUGCCCUAGAAGAAUUGUAGGGGAGCCUUAAAUCAAAACACACCGGCAGUGCGUUCUGGUAUGCAGUAAACUGCUCUUGCUUUGAUGCCGUUUUUUGUAUCAAGAUGCUUGUGUAAAGGUUAUCUCAGCAGAAACUUCACCCCGCAUAUCAACUUUUGUUACUUCAAAAUCCUGAGAAACAAUGAUUCGGCCAGCAUUCUA